AUGAUUCUUCUAUAUUGGGUACCCAUCUAUAUAUGGUGCUUGUUGUCUCCAGUAUAUGCCACCGUAUCCAAAAGUAACUAUAAUAGAGAUGAUGAGAUCCCAAUUUUGGUUACGAAUAUAUCACCAGGUGGCAAUGGUGAGAAUGGUCUUUUCCAUUUGUAUCCAGUAAGCUAUUUUGAAGAAGCCACCGAUUUCUGCUACGCAGAUAAAUGGGUUGAUGAGAAUGAACCUAGUUUUGAUAAUCAAAAAUAUAAAACGAUCAGUAAUGUGUUCAAAAGUGAUACAAUAUUCAAUGACCAUAUUUACUAUGGUCCGCGUACAAUUAUAUCCAAAUUUCAGCAAGACAUCCAGUGUGACCAAAUGUGCUGGAGAAGCUAUGCUACAGCUAAUGCAUCACAAAUCAAUUUCUUGAUUGAAAAUGAUUACCGUUUGAAUUUUUACAUCGAUGAUAUGCCGAUUGGCAAAGAAUUUUAUGAUUAUAAUUCGAAUAAGUUUUACCUAUCCAAUAAUGUUCCAAUUGGGUAUAGUGAUGUUAAUAAGGUUCUUCACAUCUAUAACCAUUGGCAGUUCGUUAUUUAUUACACAAACACCGGCUUGAACAAUUAUAAUAUAAUCAAGGCAGUAAUGCAACAACGUUCAACGAAAAGACUGAAAGAAUCUGAAAACCAAUGCCAGGUUUUCCCUCCAAUGACUUUGAGAUUGAAGUCUGAUGUUGAUAAUAAAGUGAUUUUCACUUAUGAAAUUGUUUGGAAGGAAGUGGAUCAUGAGGUUACUAAUCAUUAUGACUGGUCAAAUCGUUUUGAUCAAUAUAGACAUAGUUUGGUCAAUUAUAAAUACGACAAUAUCCAAAAUACUUUGAACUUUGUUUUGGUGCUUUUCAUUGCCUUAUAUUCAAGAAGCAAAUUUAGUUCGAUCAUUAAUGAUGCCGACAUGAAGAGCUAUAAAGCUGUAUCUAGCAGCCCACUUGCUGAAGAAACCGUUGAUGAUGAGUUUUUGUUAGACUGGCAUUCAUUGAAAAAUGAUGUGUUCAGAAAACCAUGUAAUUUGGUCCUAUUUUCAAACUUGGUUGGUUUUGGUUUCCAAUUUCUAUUAACAUCUACCUUGAUUUUAUCUCUUUUGAUUUUGAAUAUAAUUUCUAUUUUAAUACCCAAUGAUGUCAAGCAUAAAUUUUUCGAAUUUGCUAUUCUCACUAGUGGUAUUCAAUCAUAUGUCUCUUCUACUGUCUACAAGAAUUUCCAUCCAAGUUAUUCCAAAAAAAAUUCUGCCACGAACACUCUCAAAGAUCACAAGAAAAUCAUUGUUGUAAAUGCAAUUUUUACUCCUAUAGUGUUUCUUGUGAUCAGUACAGUGUUGAAUUUGGCGUACAAAUCCGCUAAUUCCUCCAAGUAUUUAGGAUUUGAUGUUUUUAUGAAAAUUGUUAAGAAGUUCCUAUUCCUAUAUUUCCCAUUGUCGUUACUGGGAUCUUUAUAUUCUUUGAAAUUUAGUAAAACUAAUUUCUUCAAUGAAAAUGUCAAUGUCAACAUAAUUGAAAAGCAAAUUCCUUCAUCCGUGCCGGUUUUUAACAGACCAGUUAUUACUUCAUUGGUUGUUGCCAUAUUCCCUUUUACUAUUGUUUGUACGAGAUUGGAUUCAUUAUGGUACUCAAUUCUCUUCAACAAUUUCUAUUUUGGCUUCUGGAACUAUUUGAUAUGUGUCUUUUUGGCGUGUAUUGUUUCUGCGGCCAUAAAUAUGACUAUGGUUUUUGAUUCCUUGAAUGCAGGUGAUUGGAAGUGGCAUUGGCUAUCUGUUAAGAGCGGAUUAACUGUUGCGUUAUACUGUUUUGUUUACAGUUUUAAAGUUGUUGGCUGGAACAAGUUUGGUGAUAAACAAUCUUUUUUAAUUUUUGUAUGCCAGAACUUUUUGGUGAGUUUUUUGAUUGGUGCAGGAUUCGCCAGUAUCAACUUUUAUUUUGCAUGGGUGCUGGUUAAGAGACUUUAUAAAGCUUGA